UUAAUUAUUAUUAAACAUAGUCAUCAUACAUAAGCAUCAAUUAUGAAAGUGUUUCUAACAUUUCUAGUAUUGUUUAUUUCGGCCGCAUUAUCAGCACCCGAUGGUUAUCGGUUACGGGAUGAUAAAGCGGAACUGGAGAAACGUGCGGCCGAACUGGAACUCCGUAUCGAACGGGAUAUCCGACGAUUGGAAACUGAACACAAACUAACUCGUCAGGAGUUGGUCCGAUUGGUCGAGUUUGACGGUGCACUGCGUAUACUGUCGGCCGAGUUGGCCAUAGCCGUAGAGCCGCAUCGUAUCGCCGAAAUUGAGCGCCGAUUGAAACGUUUGGAGGACGAUGUCGAAGCCGAAGUGCAGCGACUAGAACGACGAUUGUCUACACCGGCGCCGCCAACCACUAGUGCACCUACUACUAGAGCUCCGGCACCGACAACCAGAGCACCUACUACUAGACCUCCGGCACCAACAACUAGAGUACCUACUAGUAGAGCUCCAGCACCGACAACUAGAGGACCUACUAGUAGAGCUCCGGCACCGACAACUAGAGGACCUACUAGUAAAGCUCCGGCACCGACAACUAGAGGACCUACUAGUAGAGCUCCAGCACCGACAACUAGAGGACCUACUAGUAAAGCUCCGGCACCGACAACUAGAGGACCUACUAGUAAAGCUCCGGCACCGACAACUAGAGGACCUACUAGUAGAGCUCCAGCACCGACAACUAGAGGACCUACUAGUAAAGCUCCGGCACCGACAACUAGAGGACCUACUAGUAAAGCUCCGGCACCGACAACUAGAGGACCUACUAGUAGAGCUCCGGCACCGACAACUAGAGGACCUACUAGUAAAGCUCCGGCACCGACAACUAGAGGACCUACUAGUAGAGCUCCGGCACCGACAACUAGAGCACCUGCACCAUCGACUAGAGCUUAA